GUCGACCAAGGGAAAAGAUUUGGGAUUAUUAUAUUGCAAGCAAUGUUGUUGGUGACCGUAGUGCAACUUGUCAUUAUUGUUCAAAGUAUUGGAGUUGUGGACACCCUGGAGAAAUGGAAGCCCAGCUUGCGAAUAUCUGUCCUGAUGUUCCUAUAGAUAUAAAAACAUAUUGGCAAGAAUUACUUUCAACCAAAAUUGUUAAUUAUAAAACUUUUAUCACCAAAUACUCAGAAACUUUCACCAACAAACAUUCAAAAACUUUCAUCCUUAAACAUUCAAGAAUUUCUACCAUCAAACCUUCAAGGGCUUUUUCUAUCAAUGAUCAAGAAAUUGCUUUACCAGAAGUUAUUGAACAAACUGAUACUCUUACAAUUUCAGAAGUUAUCGAUAUUACAAAUUCAUCAAUCGAAACUGACAGUCAAUUGAAAGUUAAUAGGUCACAUAGUAGUAAUAUUUAA